UUCUGAUAAGAGUUAAAAUGCUUAAACUAAGCAACGCUCAUUUUCGAAACUCUGUUCCAGAUGACCUAGUUUUAGAGAGAUAUUGAAACCUAGUGACCUGUGUUAUAUGUUAUAUCCUCGUAUGUUCGGACAUUGACAGUACCUGGGAAUUUAUUGCCUCUCAAUCUUUUCUACACACGUUUUUUAUGUACUGACCGAGGAGCUUUAUAGUUUUAAAUUUUAGCAAAGUUUUACCAAAUCCGCAGACAGUAAACACAUUUAUAAACUCAAUUUUUAUAUAAGUUUUACGCCUGCUCACCAUGGAGCCCACACAGCAAACCUAUAACUUCGACGUACUACUGGUCCAGUCUAAAUUGUGUGAACCCGGUACGAGUAGUGACUACACUUACUCCAUUCGGCUGUUCCAGAAAUUUGAAGAGCUUCCCGAGGAUCGUAUGUUCGUGGAGGAUUUCCCAAUGGAUCCUCUGGGUCAGUUUGUGGCCAGUCCCUGCGAGCUCAUCGGCAUUUUGACCUCGAAGGGGGUUUGCGUGACGGUUAGCAAAAGCGGGGAUCUCCUCGGGGCCGGUAGCGCCCUGUUGACCCCGCUCUUGCUCCGCCAGCUUACCGAUCCCACCUUUCUGGUCACCGAAACCAUCCAUCUAGAUCUGUCAAAGGAUAGGAAGGUGAUUGAAUCAGUCGAGAUUAUCAUCAAGUUUAGCUCACUUCAACCGGAACUUGACCCCGGACUUGUGCCCCUCGGUUGCUACGAUGUUUGUCGGCCCGUUGAUAAGUCCAUCAACUAUCGGGACGUAAUCUUCACCCUAGGUCGCUCUGGUAAGUGUCCGGGCACAUCGUGCAUAACGGACCAGCGGCUGAUGUCACAUACCGGUGCCCCAUUCCAGUGCGUUCACAACGACAGCUCGCGCGAUGCCGGAGAGUGUGGUUGCACAGUAGCGGGUAUUGAAAUUCCCCCUGACCCAGCGGUGCACAGGGAAAAGGAACAAGGAUUGCUGAAAGACCUGUUUAAGGAGCUAGGACUCGACAAGGCGCAGAUUCCCGCUCCGCCUUGCAAUUACGAGGAGUCCAGACGGUGGCACUGCCAGCGUUCAUCACCGGUGAGCACGGACACAAACUCAAGUGACUGUCUUUAUGACACUUGGUUGGAGGAAAAAAAGCAGAAUUCGGGCAAUGGACGGCUCUGCUUAUCCGCAUCGCAGCAGGAACUGAUCCGCAGGAAGUUACUGGGUUCCUGUGACACGAAUGAGCCAGAACUAAAGCAGGAGAAGUACAAGCGCCCGAAUAUUUGCCGCCUUUGCCAAUCGGACAUUAGCUGGCUCCCAAAAGUCGCCGGCUGUCCCUACUGUGGUUACAGGACUUUUGAUACCAUGAACUCCUGCGAGGAGCCCUACGACGUCUCGGCCACUGCACAGCAGCUGCUCCGUGACUGCCUCCGCAAAGAACCCUGUAUAGUUUUCUCCGAGGAAGAUAGAAAAGCUAAUGCCAACUUACCUGACCCUAAUCCCAACCUCCCUGAAGCGUGCGGAUGCAUGUCCGGACGGAUCUGCACACGCUGUCGCAUUCGCAAAUUGUGCGAUCAGUUCUUUACAGAGCAGGAAAAUAGGUCCCAAAACGCCCGCGGAAUUCAAAAAGACGGAAGUCAGCUAAAAAAGGGACAGUCACUAAAAAACAUACCCUCGAGCACGUCGCAGCACCGCUCAAAGCUGAUCACGAUUUUCAGUGAGAUGCGCAACAUGUACGGUAAGAAGAAAGAGCAGACGGUGUCCGAGAAGAACUUACACGAUGACCCCAAUGCCGCGGCUUUUCGCGAAGAAUGUGAGGCGGCAUGCAACAGCACAAAGUUAGCUGGGGAUCGACGCCGAGCUCGACCUUCGCAGGGAAAAUCACUCAAAGGGAUCGAAAAGGAUUCGAAGAGGAAGAGCAAGAGAAAGAAUCGCCAGGCUCGACUCCUCCGUUCGAGAUCUAAGCGAUACACGUACUUCGAUAUUCAGAAAAAAAAGGUGUGUCCCCACAUUGGCCACAGACUAUGCAUCAGUGACAGCAAGUACACCGGCUACCGCAAGGUUCCCUGCCACAUGGGCUGGAUGUGGACAAAGAGCGAUAUGGCGCGCUUCAAGACCUGGCGGCCGGGUGCAAUUUCCAGGCCAAUACGACAACUGAUGGCUUACUUCCUCAAGGACUUCCCCGUGGAUACCAUAUGCCUCUCGCGCUACCACUACCGGAACAAAAGACCCGAUUCAGAGGAUCCAUUGCAGGAGGCACUGGUGCAACAUCCUACGCUGCACAUUCUUAAGAAACGGGACGAAUAUAUCAUCACACUGCGUCCCCUGAAGGACCCACACUCGCUAGCGCUGUGCGCGAAUCCCUAUGCGGAUAUGAAGCCAGUGGUCUUUCGCAUCACAAAGGAUCCCAGUGCGGCCAGGCUGCGUGAGAUGAAAAUGCUCCUUACAGAGAAGGGAUUCCCUCCUUGCAAGUGCAACAGGCCAGUAACUAGCUGCUAUUGUCGCAGUCACAUUGACAAAAAGCGCCUCGAGUACGAGGUGGAAAGCAUGCUUAAGCAGCGGGGAUGGCCGGAGAAGAUAAAAACAUUCUUCUACUCCCCAAUUACGGGUGAUGAGAGCGACAGCGAGGAAGAGUACGAAUUCGGAGUCACUCCGCCUGCUGGGGUCAUCAAGCCAGAACGACUGAAGAAGUCGCACGUGAAGCACACUGACACACAGUACGAUGAGAACGACUGGGCCAUGCCCAGUAUGUUCCCUCAUCCUCCGAAUCCCUACGUCCAAUACGGCGCCUGCGUGCUAGGUGAGCGAAAGAAACGCUUCGACUGGAUAUACGGCAAGGGCAACGUACACCAGGAGCCCAAAAAGCCUAUUAUGCGCAAUAAGUCCAAGACAAAGAAAAAGAAGACACAGCCGGGACGCCAGGCAGGGGGAUUUGAUGACCCGAAUAUAUUCCUGGCCCAAUCUUCUACAUCAAAAAAAAACUGGCACAAGUCCAACUCUCUCGACAUGUCUUCCUUUACAAAUGUAUCCAUGCAAAUGCAUUGGCAUUGACCCGAUCCUAGAAUAUUUCGACACUCCAGAUACUCAUAGGAACUCUGAACAAUAAAGCUCGGAAAACUAGGCAUUUAACUUA